AUGAGCUGCCUCCUUACUGUGAGAGUGGCCAAUGGCAGAGCCUUCAUCCGUGAUGGGAGAAGUAAGUCAAGCCAAUGGAACUCCAUCAAACUGAAAGCUGAGGCACUGCGGGAGAAAGGAGGUCCCAAAGAAAAAGACCCCAUCACUGGCACGACAUUCUUCCUUUUACCUGGCACGUUCAUGAAGCUGGUGACCGGGCAGGGGGCCCUCCACCGUGAGGCUUGUGCCCCAUCUCUGCCCAGUCAGGGGGCCCCUGGAGCCAGUAGGGGUGAUUGGGGAGACACAGGGUUGCUGGUCUGGGAGCUCACCCUGCUGGCUGGACUUCUGCCCUUCGUGCUCUCCAGCCUGCAUCCUCCUGGUGUCCGCUUUGGGGCCGCAUGUCCUGGGGUUCCAGCCACCACCAGCUUCCCACUUCGGGAUGGGGCCUCCCCGGUCUUAGCUGACUCCGGGUGGGCACGGAAGCACGGGCGUGAGUCUGCUGGGCGGCGUGCAGGGGUUCCCAACAGGGCCCCCCCACUGCCCAUCAGCCCGGAGACCCCGGUCGCCUGUCCAUCCCCGCCGGGGCCUCUCGGAGGCACCCUCUGCCUCCCCGCCCACCGGCCCCGCCGGCAGCUCCCGCCGGCCCCUCGCCACCGCCCCCGUCCCUGCGCGCAUCCUGCCCGGCCCCUCGGCGCCGCCCCCGGACUUUGCCCGGAGGCCGGCCACUCCCGGCGGGCGCUGGACGCGGCUCCCCGGCAGGCUCCCCGACAGGCUCCCCCGGAGCAGCUCCCGGGCCGCGGGGCGAUGGACGGGCCGGGGCGCGGCGACGUGGACCUGGACCUGGCGCCGCGCAAGGGCCGCGCCAACUGCGCCUUCGAGCCGGACGAGGAGGCGCCGGCGCCGGGCGCGGGGCUCGCGGGGCCGCCCGAGGCCGGGGCCGGGGCGCGGCCGUACCCCGGGAUGCCCAAGGCCGUGCUGCUGCGCUUCUCGGGCCAGGCCCGCUACCGGCUGCCGCGCGAGCUGCUCUUCUGGCUGACGGCGCUGUCCGUGCUGGCGCUCGCGGCGGCCACCGCGGCCCUCGUCGCGCUGUCGCCGCGGUGCCUCGACUGGUGGCAGCAGGGGCCCAUGUACCGGAUCUACCCGCGCUCCUUCAGGGACAGCGACGGCGACGGCGACGGCGACCUGCCAGGUAUUCUGGAGAAACUCGACUACAUCACCACGCUGGGCAUCAGGACCAUCUGGCUCACGUCCAUCUAUAAAUCGCCCCUGAAAGACUUCGGGCAUGGGGUGGAGGAUUUUCGGGACGUCGACCCCAUCUUUGGGACAAUGAGAGACUUUGAGGAGCUGGUGGCUGCCAUCCACGACCGAGGUCUGAAGUUGAUCAUUGACUUCAUCCCAAAUCACACCAGCGACAAGCACCCUUGGUUCCAGCUGAGUCGGAACCGCACCGGGAAGUACGCCGACUAUUACAUCUGGCACGACUGCACCCAGAGCGAGAACGGAACCGUUCCUCCCAACAACUGGCUGAGCGUGUACGGGAAUUCCAGUUGGCAGUUGGAUGAAGUUCGCAGCCAGUGUUAUUUCCACCAGUUUCUGAGAGAACAACCAGAUCUAAACCUGCGCAACCCAGAUGUUCAGGAGGAAAUCAGAGAAAUCAUUCAGUUCUGGCUCACCAAAGGUGUGGAUGGCUUUAGUUUUGAUUCCGUCAAGUUUCUUCUCGAAGCAAAACACCUGAGAGAUGAGGCCCAAGUGGAUAAGAACCAACCGCCGAGCACCGUCACGCAGUACUCGCAGCUGUUCCACGACUUCACCACCACGCAGGUGGGCAUGCACGACCUGGUACGGAGCUUCCGGCAGACGAUGGACGAGUACAGCCGGGAGCCGGGCAGAUACAGGUUCCUGGGGACGGUGGCUUCAGGUGAGACUGUGGACAAGACUAUGAUGUACUAUGGACUGCCCUUCGUCCAAGAGGCUGACUUCCCCUUCAAUGACUACCUGAGUCAGCUGGACGCACCCUCGGGGCUCCAUGUGUCCCGGGCCAUUGAAGCCUGGAUGGAGAACAUGCCGGAGGGAAAGUGGCCCAACUGGAUGCUCGGAGGACCGGACUACGCCCGGCUGAGCUCCCGCCUGGGCCAAGACUUCGUCAACGUCAUGAACAUGCUCAUGUUCACACUCCCGGGAACCCCCAUAACUUACUACGGGGAAGAGAUAGGCAUGAGGAACAUCGGGGCCACAAACGUUGGCGAGGAUUAUGACGCCAACGCCCUGCUCUCCAAGGCGCCCAUGCAGUGGGAUAACAGCUCCAACGCUGGGUUUUCAGACGGGAACCACACCUGGCUGCCCACCAGCUCUGACUACCACACUGUGAACGUCGAUGUGCAGAAGACUCAGCUUGAUUCAGCGCUGCGCCUGUAUCAGAACCUGAGCCUCCUGCACGCGAGCGAGCUGCCCCUCAGCCGCGGCUGGUUCUGCUCGCUGCCGACCAAAGGCACUCUGGUCGCCUACACGCGGGAGAUGGACGGCAUCGACACGGUCUUCCUGGUGCUGCUGAACUUCGUGGAGUCUCAGCUGAUAGACCUGAAGGAGAUGGUCCCCAGCAUCCCUCCACGAGUGCGCGUGCGGCUAAGCACCAGGGCCGAGCUCUGGGACCAGGAUGUGGACGCAUCGGCUGUGAGGCUGGGGCUGGGCGAAGGCCUCAUCCUGCAGUACCCGACCAGCUCACCCCUGCACAGCCAGCCCGCCUUCGCCGGCAGGUGCUUUGUCUCCCAGCGGGCCUGCUACUCCAGCACCCUCCAAAUGCUCUACAGUUCGUGCUAGGCGCCUGGCACACGUGCCCCACCUCUUCCUCCUCUGUUCGGUAGCUCCUUGUCAGUUUUUCACAGAAUAAAAUGUCCAACAGAAAA